CAACAACAAGAACAGCAACCAGAUGGUGCUGCUUCUUCGACUGCAGCCCCUCCUAGCAGUAACGCUGGUGGUGGAGUCUUGCAACCACAGGCUUCGACUCUUGCUCCUAGUAAUGAUACUGGUAGUACUUCUAGUAAUGAUACUGGUAGUACUGCAGGAGCAGGAGCCAACAACAUAUCGAGUAUUCUAUUAAGGGUAGGGUAAAGGUGCUUUUGUUCCCGCUUUUUAUGCCUCUCUCCCUUAGGAGGAGAAAGGCAGAAAAAGCGGGGUCCACGAGCACCAAGACCCUACCUCUAAUUCUAGGCGCUGGGGUUUCAAACCCAGCGGCCACUUCAGCAGGCCCUACAUUGUUGCAAACGCAUCCAAUGAAGCCUGUUCAAAGGAAGAAGUUGAAGGAUCCCCAUCAUCAACUGAAGAAAGGAAAAGGUCAUCAAUCUCAAGAAGUCGAAGACCAACUACAGCACGGAGAGCGAGAACAUGAACAAAUAAACAAGGUCAAUCUGAUGCAACUUCAGGAGAACGUGAUGGCUUCGUACAAUGAGGGAGCGCCAAUAGUUCAACAGGAACAGCAUAUUCAGGGAGUUGCCCCAAUAUUAGUCCAACAACAAUCAGGAGCACAACAGCUAGGGUACUUCGAGCAACAAGGACAUCAAGCAGUGGCUGCUCAGCACCAGCAGCAGCAAUUAGUUUUGGCGAAUCAUGCCUCCGCUCCUCCAAACAUCCACUUCUUGGAACAGUACCGAACCAAACAGACCCCGCCUGUGGGCACUAUUCUUAAGGCGCCUUCCCAUAAUCCAUCUUCAGCGCCAUCUUCCUCCAUAGGGGUUGCCAACAAGAGAAGGCGCCUAGGAUGGAUCUCUUCUGAGGAUGGAUGGAUCACGAUUAGGAUCGUAAGCCAGCUCUAAUGUUCCUGUGAUGGCGACUGUGAAACUCGACGUGGGUCCGUCCUUGAUCAGGGAAGUGGAUAAGGCGUUACCGCAAUCGGGAGAAACGACUGGAGAAGGUUACGAUCUACUCGUAAAACUGAUGCAAGCCAACAUGCUGAGGAGUGGACUCACCAGAAUUUCUUUGGUGAAGAAGGUACAACUUGUUUUAAUUCUACUACUACAUGAUAAAUAUAUUUCAUGAAGUUCAUGUUCAUGAAGAACUUCUAGACAUCCUAGGAUCGAUUUGUACAACAUGGUCUCUCAUCUAUUCUUAAUCGUGUAGUUUCUUUCAAAGAUGCUGUUGAAAGAUGGUGCUGGGUCAUCUAUCUAAUCAUGUAGUUGGUGUAAGAAGUGUUGUUUUUUUAUUUUAACAAACUAGUAAACCAACUUCAUCAACUUCUGUCAGCCUGCGUCCAAGCCAUCUGCUCGGAAAGCAACGCCUAUGUACAUGAUUCCUGCGUAUUCUCCUUAUGGCGCUACCUAUCCGAUGGCUGCGCAGCAAGAUCCUUAUUCCAAUUAAGGCUUGACUCUGACAACGUGAUCAUCUGAAGAAGCACCUUUUGAAUCUUUUUCUUUGGUAAAACACUGAUGAUCUUCCUGUUGAAGAACGUCACGACUUCACGAACAAAAGGGCAGAAGUGGCGCCCCUAUUUCUUGUAUUUAUCUGUAGCAGUCGGUCUUAGGUAGCUGCCGUGUCUCUACUCGGGUCACAACGGAACCAGGCAGCUGUUUAUAGUUGCUACGUGGUUCGAAUGAAUGAAUGAGUGAAUGAAUGAAAAUUAUUAUUGAUAGAAGAGAGAACCCACAAUCAAGGGCACAACAUCCACAACAAGUCUUCAAAGAUGCUUUUCAUUUUCAUCAAGAUGAACAUGAAGAACAUGUACGGUAGUAAGGUCCUCUAAUCCAAUAUGUACUACAAGAGCGGCGCCGUCCCGGGAUACAUGCCAGGAAUGUUAAGGCUUCCCCUAAUCCAUCCCUGUAGACAUCCCUCAAACAUAUGCGUCCCAAUACAAGGGAGAUACUGACGCAUAUGCUUGAGGGAUUUCCACAGGGAUGAAUAGGGGAGAGCUCUAAGAAUGGGCUCGCCACCGGUGGUUGUGAUGCCUCCGGGUCCCUUUAUGACGGCAGAAUGGACGCUCUAAAAAUCUAGUUACCAAGAACGCAAACUACCCACUUUCUCGAACCUUACCUCGCUUCCUCCUAGCCCUACCUCUCCUCCUAACCCUACCGGUCCUCCUAGCCCUACCUGUCCUCCUAGCCCUACCUCCAGCUACUAAUCCCCUAAGUAACGCUCUACGUGCUAAGGAACUCUAAUCCUACUUCCGCCUAUCAGCAGGAUCCGAGCGCGUUUCCCCCUUGGGCUUACAAGAUCAUCUCAGAAGUGGCGUCGCUCAAAGCCAAAGCAGCGAAAAAUAGGAACAUUAUGGCCAUCUUCAGAGAUAUAUCCAUCUUCAGAAGCGUCUAUCUAGAAAACGAAAAGCAUCUACAGAGAUAAAUCCAUCUUCAGGAAUCCAUCUUCAGUGGUCUGGGAUGAGUCCAUUUUUGGAUCCAUCUCCAGAGAUAAAUCCAUCUUCAGAACAAGCAUCUUGGAGCACCUCACUCUCUAAGGGUGGAAAAAAAUAGACAUAUUACUUGUUGGGACACUUACACUUUGUUUACUCUCUUGCUUGUGUGGAAAAACAAAAGACAACUUCUCAGACCACUUUCCAGGGAAGAUCUAAGAACAAUAGCACCUUACUUUAGACUAGAUAGUAAAAAAAGAUCUUCUAAGAAGAGCACGAGAGCCGCGAAGCAGAACGCACUGUGGAAAGCCUUGUCUGACAAGGUGGAACAAUUGAAGCAAAAGCUCGCGGCCAAGAGAAAUCGCACGAAUUCGACUGGACCACCUGUGAGCGGCAACUUGGGUAUGGCUAGAGAGGAGACAAAAAGUAGAGAAAGCAGCUCCUUUUGCUUUUGUUUUUGAGGUCUUCAGAUCGAUUGCGGUCGUGUCGUGUCUACUUUUCAGACCUAAAAUCGAGUUGUCAGGGAUCCUGGGCACCUCCGAGGACGAAUGUAGUAAAUCUAUGAAUUUAUCGCUCUCGUCUUGCAUAAGUGCAUAUAGAUAGAGGUCCAAUGAUCCGAAGUGACCAACAUCAUCAUCGUUCGUACACAGUAAUAGUAGUACCAGGAAUCAUUCCAGAUGUUGAUUCUAUCUUAUUUCGUCCCCUACAGCAACGACUUCUAACCCCUCAAGCAACGCUGCCAACCGUAUGGCCUUACGACGACUCCAAACUGGUCAGCAGCAGCUGUUCAAGAUGGUUUCCGACAGCAAGGAUCAAAUCUUGCAAAACCUCACCGCUUCGGUGCCGCAAAUGGUCGAAACGUCCAUUCUCGAAAACGUACCGAAACAGGUAGAGGAGGUAGUAGAGGAGGUGACCACGAAGCCAGCCAACCUUGCCAGGAUCGGAGCAACGGUUAUGGUCCCUCAUCAUGUUGGUCUUCUGAUAUAGUAUCCACAUUGUUUCGGUUUCCCUUGUACCCUUUUGUUUAUUCUCUUGUACCCUUUAUUUCUUUCCCUUGUAUCCUUUUGCUUCCCUUGCAUCCUUUUGUUUCCGUUGUACUAUUCUUUUCAUGGGAAGAGAGGGGGUGUAGAUCAGGGGGAUGAGGUGAUGAAUGAAAGCUGACUCUAAAACCGUCGGCAAGACAUUGCGCGCACAUGAAUACAUGUUCCAAGACAGGAUCGAUCCACACGAGAGGGCUCAAAUAGAUUAAGGCUUGGUCUUGAUGUUGGGAUAAGGAUGACAGUUGUUCGUUGUUCAUCAGAAAUCUUGUUGCUCUUGUUGCAAUAAGGACAAUAGUUGUUGUAGUUGUUGUUCUUUAGAAAUUUUCAAGAAGCAAGACUAGUAUUCUGACGAUGAGUCGUGUGGAGUAGGAAGCCUUUAAAAAUUUGAAGAAACACAAACAUCUUCGACUAGUACUUUGAUCGUUUCACUCAGCUCAGGAGAGAAAGCACAUCAAACUCAAAGAUGAGCGUGGGAGGACUGUCUAGAUAAGAGUUUGAGACUCUUUAGAUAAGAACUAGUAGGCACAAAGCUCUAAACCAACGCAACUCAUAGUCUCGUCAAGGCAGUGGCAGCUCUGUUGAGGAACCAGAGACAGCAGAACCUCUUCGCCAGGAUGAAUCUAGCAAACUCGCAGAAAGCAGCUGCCAUGAGUAUGAAGUUAAGGCUAGUUUUUCACUAUCCCAACAUGUGGACUAUGUAUGCUAAGUGAGGUGCUCCUUGAUUUAAUGAGAAAAGAAGGGACGAAAAAAGGAAAAAAAACUCAACAAAGGAUAGUGAAAAACUAGCGUUAACGAAGGCAGCCGUGGCCUCAUCCUCAGCUGCAACGCAGGCGAAAACGGCAGCGUCCUCGGCAGGUGCUGCAAGACAACUUUCAGCAAGGAUUAUGGUCAGAACUAAAAUGUUAUAUUUUAGUGCACUGCAGUUGUAUUGUUGUACUUAGACAGACUCAUCGGACCAUACUCAUCUGUGCUCCACUCUCUAAGUCUUUGGACCCGAGCAAGAUCGGGACUCUUGAUCUCGCUACGCAGGCUCGACUGGAGGGCGCCUUACAGAGAGCCGUCCAGCGCGCUCUCGUUGCCGGAAACGUUAAUUAAGGCCAUUUUUUCACUAUCGCCGUCGUCCCAUGGAGGAUUUGGCUGUGGGAAUAUAAUAGAUACUCAGUGUGAGUGGAGUCCCUUCCUUUGAAGAUUUCUUAAAGGGGAAAGAAACUUACAACUAAGGGGAGAAAGCGAAAUAGGGCAAGAACCCACUCAACCUCAACCACUCAUCAACCAUGGAUAUUUAUUACGAGGAAGAUAGUGAAAUCAAACUUGCUUUAGCCCCCGCGCUAAGUUAACCAGACGCAAAGACUUGGCGCUUUCUUCAACUAUCAGACUGGAGCAUUAGCUAAGGUCCUCCAGGCUCAAAUGAAAGCAGCUGAGGCGAGUGGCGCUUCUUGGAGAUCGGGAGUGUCAGAAAAAAUUGCGGAUGCUGUUAUUAUGAAUGGGUUUUUGGUCUGACAGUGUGAAGGUCCACAUCAAGUUGUGAAGUAGAAGAGCUACCUCGUCGUGUCUCCUUGAUUUGACCAUGAUGCAGAUGCACUGCUCUCAAACGGACAGACUUCAUUUCUUAAAUUUUGGGGAUCAUUCGAUCUAAAAUGAAUGGUCUUUAGCGUCUUCUGUAUAAAGAUGAAGGAUCAUUCCAUCUAAUUUUUAGUGUCUACUGAAUCAUUCACAUUCCGUCUAAUCUCCCCAACGCCACUUCUGCCUUGCCAGCAUUGAGUGCUAGUUACUUUCGCCGUGCCGCAAGUCAACUGGCAACGACGAAUAGCGCGUUGUCGACGGUAGUGCAGAAGCUGCAAAACGACGCCCAGACGAACGCACUUGCCAAUUAAGGAGGCUCAAAGUAAUUCAUUUCCAAGGGUCCUCGCGUGCAGCUCAAGCACAGCUCGGUCUAGUAAGGUAAAAUCAGUUUCGGCGUUUUCAUAGUCGUGAAUGCUCACCUCCUGGAGGCGAGCAAAUUCCCAUCUUCCCAUCCCAAGGGUCAUAAGUACUUAAUUCACUUGCAAGGGUCGUGAACAAUAUUUUCCUCUGUUUCCUUCCCGGGAAUCAGAAGAAGCGAACUGAAGAAAUGGAUUGCUUCGAGCUCUAAGCCACUGCAGUAUUGCAGGUAGUGUCGAACGGCAAUAAUCCAGCAAACGUGGACAUGGGGAACCAGCAGGCACUGCAAGAUCUGGUUGAUUAAGGCUUCUCACAAGAGAGUACUCAUCUUCACAGUUCCUAAUCUUCUGCGUUUUCCUGUACUUAGAUUCUUGCUAGUCUAUCACUCAGCUUCCUUACUCUUCUAAUUUAGAAGGUACAGGGAGGCUGGAAGCCCUCAAGAACGUUAGUCAGGACGCAAAACGAGGCAUCAUGGCAUAACAUGAGUUUUACACACUACUUCUUAAAUAUACAAGAUGAGUCGUUCAUCUACAUCUAGACUUCUAUUAAGCGCUAAUUUGAGGCUUUCGUCGCCCACGUGGUGACGAAAAUCAACAGUAUGCCUAGCAGCGCAACCCCAGCUGCUGGAGUUCCUGAUGCAGCCAAAACGACUGCUACUGCUGCGACCACAACAGCUGGAGGAGGUGGAGGAACGACCUUUCUAGCAGAGGGAAACUUAGAUGGACAGCAAGUAGAUACGGCUAGUGACAGCGAAACAGUUGAAACGUACCGAGAUCUUGCUGAUGCUAAAAAUGAUCCGUCAUCCAGGUCCAGUUCGUCCAAGAAGAUCAUGAACUACAACAACAACAACCACAACUCCCCAGUAGCAGCACAACCACGAGAACGACAGCAAAACGCCAAAAGUACAUCGUCAAUGUCAACGCCAGACUCGGAAGAUCAAGAAGUGCCGAUAGUACACAAGGACAGAGGAUCACCUGAAGCUGCUUCGACUUCUAGAAGGAAAAGCUCAUCCCAAGACGAAGAGGAGAAGACCUCUAAAAACAACUUCCUCUCUGAUUCUGGAGAUGGACAUCAAGCACAAAGCGACGGACAACAGCAGGAGAACCAAGACGUAAAAGACCAGCUUAAGGUCCCUAGCCAAGCAGAGUUGCAAAAACUACUGUCCUCGUCUUCUUCAACGACGAGCAGGAAGGAAGUAGAGCUAGUCGAUGAAGUGUCCAGUAAUAGUGUUGGUUUUAAGGCUAUCGUUGUAAGUAUAUCGAAACAUCAAGUAUUCAGUUGUAGUAGUCUUGUUCUCAAGGAGGCCAUGAUCGCAAUUCCAAUUGCUGUCCUCUCUCUCUCAUAAUUUGUGUUUUCGCGUAGGUGUAGGUCUACUGGUGCUCUUGUUCCUUUUGUAGUUGUUCUUCAUUUACAUGUACUUGUUGAUUGAGAUUUAGUCUCCCUCCACCUCUUGCGUUGACAAAAUAUCGAGGAAAUCGAAGUUACAGUUUUUACACUAUUUACCUGUAAAUAAAAAUAUAGAGGAAAUUAUCGAAGUUCUUACAGCUAGACUGUAUCUGUAGUCCAUCAUCAUGUUGAUCAGCUCUGCACUCCUCCAAUAUUACCAAUCGCCGAGAUGAAAAAGGAGCUAAAGACGAUGUCCGGACCUUGCGCCUCCUGAAGCAGUAUGCCGAUACAGCAAAACUUGACGAUAAUAUCGAUGUGAACCUAGCUGAACGCGGGAGAGCUGAUCAAGAUUCCAGUUCUUCAUCAACUAGUGCGAUUGACUCUCUCGCAGACUUGAGGGCUGUAGUUAGCGAGACCUACGAAGACGAUAGUGCCAUUAGACGUGCUCAGAGAAAGGCGGCGAAUGUUGCCGCGGCAAAUAAGGCAUCCAUACUUCCCAGUAAGAAAGCACAGGCAGCAAAAACUACAACAGGAGACACUGGAGGGACGCCGAUCCUAGAUGAAACAAUAUCAACGUUUCAGGAGCUCGCCGAUUUCGCGUCUGAUGAGACAGGCGCAGCUAGUGUCGAAGAGAGACAGGCGCUAGGACAGAAUCCAGUGAAAAUUAAGGCAAAAACAAAACAAUAAGACAACAUAGACGUGAUUUACUCAGGUCGCGGAUACAUCCUCGGAGUCAAGCCAGGUGCCGGGCGGCUUUGAUGUGCAGGAUUCACAACCUAACCUAACCAAACCACACACUCAAGCGCAAGUGAUAGAUCAGGACAUGAUAGAGCAAAUCUACUAUCAUGUCCCACCUUCUAAGAACCAAGCGACCGCCGUACGCCUACCACCUCAGGAAGAGGAGGAGAUCGACGAAAUCGAUACUGAUACUACAGAAAAGUCGUCUACUAGUAAUCUGUCACAAGGGAUAGCGGACCUGCCACCAGGCACUGAGAACGUUCGCCCAAGUCCAUCCAAUGCAGGAAGCACGAAUUACGAUGGAACAACUAACUUGUUGAAAUAGCCUGACAAACAGACGUGAGUAUGAUCAUGAACAUGGCAAGCGAUUCAACAAAUUGCAAUUAUUUAGCACCGCGUUAGUACUACACGAUUAUACAUAGGUCUAAGCUUUGAUUGAAGAAAAUGUAAGUGACGAAGUCAUACUACAGCAACAGCUGCACAAGGAAGCCCAAAUAGUAAUAGUAGUUGGACAGGCAAUGUACUUAGCCACCUAUUCCACAUAAUUCGCAUCUUUCUCGUUUAAAUAAAACUACGGGGACACGCAAUUUACUUACCCACCUAUUUCACAUAAUUCGUAUGCCUACCUACUUAUUCCACAUUCGCAUCUUUCUCCUCUAGUAGUUGGACAGGCAAUGUACUUCUAAGCUUGUAUGCUGGUAAAGCAAGCGCGGACAGUGGAAACGCUGCAGAGGCAGAACGACAUCCUAGCGACCAUGGCGUCGAACCUACGACGCCAACUGCAACUCACUGGAGGUGAGGAAGUACAGUAAAACUCACUGCAGGGGGGGAAACUCACUGCAGGGGAGGAAGUACAGUGAAGCUUGAUGUCUGCAAACUCACUGGAGGAGGUCAGGAAGUACAGUGAGGAAGAUUGUAGACUCUGUAGGACAGGUAUCAGUAAUAGAGGAGCUGUUGUAGAUGUUGUACUGCAGGUGGAACAAUUAGACAUGGUCGAAUGAUCAGAUAAAGAUUUUUUUAGGUAAGAAAACAAGUGACGCCUUCCAAUUGUAUUCAUUUCACUCGACGGAUUGUAUUCAUUUCACUCGAGGUGUUCAAGAAAUAACUCUCUACUUACAGCUACACUUAGUACAAGAAGAAGAACUCUUACACUUUUUUAGACAUUUUUUGAGCAAGAGAAUGAAACUCCAAUCUGUCACUAACAACUUCGCUUUUCACAUCUUACAGUUACAGUUUAGACAAGAGUAAUCACAUCUAGUUUCACGCAACACAAGAGACUACUACUUGCCUAGUCCUCACGUAGUAGUCUAUUCACGUAAGAGUUGUUAACCAAGGUCUACCACGAGGACCUACAAGACAGCACAUUGCAUUCAAGCCGCUGAGAAAGACACAGGCUGUAGUGUUCCUUAGUAUACUUUUGCUUUUAGUUUUACACAGCUCCACCGGUAUUAGGUAUAAGAAAGCAGUAGUCCUCAUCAAGAUGUUUGAUUCGCUUAACCUAUCCAUCUCUCCUUCCUUUUUUCGUUAUUGCAAUUCAAAGAAAUUCAAAGUGAAAGUCCUACUUGAAGAAUAAAGUAAUAUGAUGUUUCCCUAGUAUGUUUCGUUAGUCGUAGUCCUUACUGUAAUUACUCGUAGACCAUCAAAACAAAAGAGCUUACAAUUCUUGAGGUCGAGAAUUGAAGACCUCGUUGUAUCAAAAGUCUUAACACUACUCUGCAUCAACAUCAAGACCAUUACGCAGGUUCGUUACAUCAACAUCAAGAGCAAGAAUCAAAAUAUUGUGAGUAUCAUUAUGAUUAUCGGCCACUAUCAAUCUAGAAAAAGGUGCUCUCCAAGAGACAUGUUUCGAAUUGACAUAAUUGCGUAGUUUCGAAGUCUUUUUAACAGUAUCGUGAUCCUUCGUUUUGAAUGUUGUAAUUGUAGAUAUGCACAGACAAUGAGCACUAGAACAUAAGUACUUACAUGAAGUAGAUAAAGGAGGCAACUUCAUGGCAUACCAUUGCUGCAUAUCUUUCCUCGUCUGCCUGCUCUCAGUCCUCGCAUGCUCCUAGUAUGCUAGCAAGGCAAAGUCAUAGUCUUUGUCUCAAUUGUGCAUCUUCUCAAUGUCAUAUUAUGUCUUUGGGUUUUUUCGCAUAUAUCGUAAAUAAUUUCUGCAGCAUCGAGGAAAGGGCCUCCUUGUGGUCAUGUACAGUUCUAAUUACUAAUGUUGACCGGCCCUCUCCCUCAGCGAAUGUGAAAGUAGUUGCCAACUAUCUUUGGGUCAUUUUACAGGAUUUUCAACAGUCUCUCUGAUAGAAGAAAUCUGUUGUGGUCUUUUUUCAUCAUGAAUGAACCACAACAUUCAGCAACAAAACGUGAAUGACUGUCCUCCAUCCUGCAGAUAGAUGAGAGGAAGACAAGAAUACCCACUAAUAAAUAGAGAACAAGAAGUUGAUUGUAUCUCAGAGGACAGAGAACAAACUCGUUGAAAAGCGACGCAAACCCCGAUGAGGAGUAACAUAGAUAUGAGCAUGAAGCACGUAGUAUGG